CUCCCCUUCCUGACUAGACUUUAGUCUGAAAACUGCUAGUCAAACUGGUUUGCAGGUAACAAGUAACAGCUAAAUUACACGUCCGUGUCCAGACGUGUUAAUAUAUUGUUCGUUUGUUUGUUUGUUUGUUGAACUGACGUUAUUAACGUAAUGAAGAGGAGGGUCGUUAAACACGCAGAAGCCUCCUAUGGAUUCGAUGCAGCUCAGAGGACCAGAGUCCAGCGGGAGGGGGCGGAGGAGACACCGUCCAGAUGGUGGUGGAAAAGAUGCUUAUUGGCCCUGGUUGUUGUCCUCAUCUUGGUGCCUUUCUCACUGAGUGUAUUCCAAGGAUUAAUUCAGCAUUUUGUAUACACUUACAGAAUGAGGGUGCCAUUCUUUGUUGACCUCAGCCAGCCUGCUGAUUUCUCACUUAAUCACACCAUCAACAUGUACUUUACAUCAGAGGAAGGAAUCUCCCUUGGGGUAUGGCACACUGUCCCUGAAAGUCAGUGGAAGGAAGCACAAGGGAAGGACUUGGCAUGGUACCAGAACACUUUAAGCAAUGGCAAACCGGUUUUCAUAUAUCUUCAUGGAAACACGGGGAAUAGGGCAGCCACUCAUCGGGUGGGAGUGGUAAAAGUAUUGAGUGCACUUGGUUACCAUGUGCUGGUGCCUGACUACAGAGGGUUUGGAGAUUCCUCUGGGGAGCCAACUGAGGCCGGUCUGACCACUGAUGCCCUCUAUGUGUACAACUGGGUCAAAACACACUGUGGAGACAGCCUGGUUGUCUUCUGGGGACACUCUCUUGGCACUGGUGUGUCCACUAACCUUGCAGUGAAACUGCUUGAGCAAGAUGUGGUUCUUGAUGGGGUGAUCCUCGAGGGUACAUUCAACAGUGCUGCAAGGAAAAUGACAGAGCAUUGUUUUACUUGGUAUUACUGGAAAUUUCCUGGCACUGGAUACUUUUUCCCAGAGCCAUGGGCAGAAAACGAGGUUGUCUUUCCCAGUGAAGAAAAUUUGAAGAAAAUGAAAAGUCCAAUACUUUUUCUUCAUUCAGAGGACGAUCACUUGGUUCCCAUUCGGAUAGUUGAGAAGAUGUACGAGGUAGCAAUGAGAUACCAAAAUGCAGAGCGAGUCAAAAUGGUGUCAUUUGACGGUUCUCUGGGGUAUCUGCACAAUGGACUGUACAGAGACCCUCAUCUACCUGACAUCUUACAGAAGUUUGUGUUGUCAUUGCAACGUGGGAAAGGAGACUGAAACAGAAAAGCCAUGUUUCAGAUGUACACCACUGAUUCAUUUUCAUCAUUCCAUUUGUGUUGCAUAAAUUCAAGAUCAAGAAUGUCUAUUAAAGUGGAAUUCUGGUA